AACCCGGUUCCUGCCCGGUUCAGCCAAUGAAUGGAGACUGGGAGGAAACAUUGCGCGACACUUUUCUUUCUACAUUACUCCCUCUUUCUUACCGCAUUUCGUCUUGAAAACACCAUGAAGUCUGAGCUGUGAACGCUUCUGUAAUUACGCAAAGAGCUCCGCAGGCAGGAAAACCGGACCGACCACCAGGCUCCUCUCUCCGGAUCGCUCCGCGGGUACGCUCCGGUGUUUGGGUGAUCUGACCGGGAGAGGCUGCAGAGAUGUCCGACAACGGGGGCUCGGCUGUCGGCCUUCUGUCUUACGAGACGCUGGUUCAUGCUGUCGCAGGUGCAAUGGGGAGUGUGACAGCGAUGACCGUCUUCUUCCCUUUGGACACAGCCAAGAGCAGGCUGCAGGUGGAUGAGAAGAGAAAGUCAAACUCUACUCCCGUCAUCCUGGCUGAGAUAGCAAAGGAAGAAGGCCUUCAGUCUCUGUACAGAGGUUGGUUACCAGUCAUCUCCAGCCUCUGCUGCUCCAACUUUGUCUACUUCUACACCUUCAACACGCUGAAGAGGCUAAAUGCAUCUGGACCAGGGAAGUCUAAACCCGGCAGAGACCUGCUCAUGGGGGUCGUAUCAGGGGUGGUGAAUGUGCUCACGACCACUCCCAUGUGGGUGGUCAACACUCGACUGAAGCUGCAGGGAGCAAAGUUCAGGAACGAAGAUCUCCAGCAGACCCAGUACAAGGGCAUCCUCGAUGCUUUCUCACAGAUCAUAGCCAACGAGGGUGUGGGAACUCUGUGGAACGGCACUCUGCCCUCUCUCAUCCUCGUCCUCAACCCGGCAGUACAGUUCAUGUUUUAUGAGGCCAUGAAGAGGAGGGCAGGCAAGGGAGGGAAGAAGAUAUCCUCAGCAGAGAUCUUUCUCAUUGGAGCCAUUGCCAAGGCGAUCGCCACCACAGCGACAUAUCCGCUUCAGACAGUUCAGGCCAUCCUGAGGUUUGGCCAGUACAAAGGUGACGGUAAGGGCGGACUGAUUGGAAGCCUCUCAAACAUUGUCUCCCUGCUGAUGGACAGAAUCAAGAGGCAUGGGGUUCUUGGUUUGUACAAAGGUCUGGAGGCCAAGCUGCUACAGACGGUUCUGACGGCUGCCCUCAUGUUCGUUGUGUACGAGAAGAUCACUGCUGCUACCUUCAAAGUCAUGGGCCUGAACAAGAAACUCAAGUAGUGAACACACCUACUUGAAUACAGUACUGCAUUAGUACACUCGUCGUCAGUAGGUUAUAAUGUGUUGACACCAGGAAUUCUUUCAGUCACAUAAGCCAGUGGUUCUUAACCAACGGGGAUUAGUUAUUUUUCUCGUAAUUAAUUCCCAAUAGAAGUGAGUCCAAUGUGAAUAACACCCGGCACACACUGCCUGCGUGAGCAGCGCGUGACGACUACCUCACUGAAGUGAACACAGACAGCGUUUUUGCUGCUGCAGAGCUUCCUGCUGCUGUAUUGCCACAAUUAAAAGCUGGCAUUUCACUCAUUUAUGGAGCCAAGCAAGAAACCGGUUGUCAUUAACAUGGUCCUGCAAAUAUUUCACAAUAAAAGCCUUGGGUUAACUAA